CUUGCCCCUCUUCUUUACCUCGCUUGCCGUCUCCGCAGCCAGUCUACACUUGUGUCAUCUUCCUGACGCGUCUUUUUCGAUGGCAGCGUAAUGUUGUGACGAGGAACGAGGAAACAAGGAGGAAUUCUUUCGGAUGUGCGUCUCGUUCUCCAGGAGUCUGUUUCUUCUCUUUGGUUUUAGAUAUCUGUUGGAUCGUGUGACACGAGAUAUACUCUUGGGAUUGUCGGCGUUGGCUCGCUGUUUUCUUGGUUUGCUGCUGCUGUUCGUCAUUUCUUGCGGAGGUAACUAACAAUGGAAACCCUCGCGAUCCCAACCUGUGCUCCAGCCCGCGUCCAGCCGGCGAGCCUCUUCCGCUGCCGGCCGACCCCGGCGUUUCGCUCCCCUUACGCUGCCGCCGCCGCUUGGACUAGAAGGUACCGCUUGCGCCGCCUGUCCUCCUGCUCGAUUCCCUCUAUCAGAUGCUCCGCCGUCCCCCCUCCCUCUGUUUCCGCCACAGUUGGCAAUGAUGAGCCCUUUAAGUUCAUGGAGGCCGCCAAGAAGGGUAAUUUGGUGCCCCUCUACCAGUGCAUUUUCUCUGAUCACCUCACCCCUGUGCAAGCCUAUCGUUGUCUCGUGAAGGAGGAUGACCGCGAAGCUCCCAGCUUUCUUUUUGAGUCGGUGGAGCAAGGUCUCCGGGGGACUAAUGUCGGCCGAUACAGCGUGGUGGGAGCUCAGCCAGCCAUGGAGAUUGUUGCGAAGGAGAACACGGUCUCCAUCAUGGACCACGAGGAAGGGCGCAUGACAGAGGAGACUGUCGAGGACCCUAUGCAAAUUCCCCGGAGGAUCAUGGAGGGUUGGACCCCGCAGUUUAUCGAUGAACUUCCUGAUGCCUUCUGUGGUGGAUGGGUUGGGUAUUUUUCCUAUGAUACAGUGCGAUAUGUUGAGAAGAAAAAGCUUCCAUUCUCUAGUGCUCCUAAGGAUGACAGGAACUUACCAGAUGUCCACUUAGGACUCUACAAUGAUGUCAUAGUGUUUGACCACGUGGAAAAGAAAGCAUAUGUGAUUCAUUGGGUGCAAGUGGAUCGGUACUCCUCUGUUGAGAAAGCCUAUCAAGAUGGGAAGAACCAUUUGGAUAAUUUGCUGUCUAAGGUGCAGAAUGUCAAUGUGCCCAGGCUUUCUGCUGGAUCCGUAAAAAUGCAUACUCAGCAGUUUGGUACUACUUUAACAAAGUCAUCAAUGACAAGUGAAGAAUACAAGAAGGCAGUUUUGCAGGCAAAAGAACGUAUCUUUGCAGGUGAUAUUUUUCAGAUCGUCUUGAGCCAACGUUUUGAGCGGCGUACAUUUGCAGAUCCAUUUGAAGUUUACCGAGCACUAAGAAUUGUGAAUCCAAGCCCAUAUAUGGCAUAUUUACAAGCAAGGGGAUGUAUUCUUGUAGCAUCAAGCCCUGAAAUUCUUACUCGUGUAAAGAAGGGGACAAUCAUUAAUCGACCUCUUGCUGGGACAGUUAAAAGGGGAAGAAUGGAUGAGGAGGAUAAAUUGAAUGAACAACAGCUACUUAAUGAUGAAAAACAAUGUGCUGAGCACAUUAUGCUUGUAGAUUUGGGACGGAAUGAUGUUGGAAGGGUAUCAAAACCUGGAUCAGUAAAGGUGGAGAAACUUAUGAAUAUUGAGAGAUACUCGCAUGUGAUGCACAUCAGCUCCACAGUUACUGGAGAGUUGUUUGAUCAUCUCACUUGCUGGGAUGCUCUCCGUGCUGCUUUGCCUGUAGGAACAGUCAGCGGAGCUCCAAAGGUAAAAGCGAUGGAGUUAAUUGAUCAGCUGGAAGUCACAAGAAGGGGGCCGUACAGUGGCGGCUUUGGAGGGGUUUCAUUUACCGGCAACAUGGAUAUCGCGCUAGCCCUCCGUACCAUAGUCUUUCCAACUGGAAGCCGAUUCAACACCAUGUAUUCAUACAAGGACAUGGGCAGGCGCCAAGAAUGGGUUGCGCACCUUCAAGCUGGAGCCGGCAUUGUGGCGGACAGCAACCCCGAUGAUGAGCAGCGAGAAUGUGAGAACAAAGCUGCAGCUCUUGCUCGUGCCAUUGAUCUUGCCGAGUCUACAUUCGUUUCAAAGUCAUAGGCUUCACAGAGAAAGGCUCAUCACUCGGAAUGGCACCGGCUAUGCUUGUAAUCUCAUCCAAAAGAAUGGCCUAGUAUCACAGUUCUUUUUCCUUGUCAGAAGAUGGAAUCUCAAUAAACCAUCGAUCGGUUGCUGUUAAUGCUUUAUUUAUUGCAAACCAUUUGAAAGGCUGCUGAAGAAACCAUACUAUUCGACAAAUUCUAUUUGCAGAUAGAUGGUGAACAAUGGUAGCUGCAACUUGUAUGACUCUUGGAUUGUUGAUCUGUUUGGGUAAUUAAAGCCAUGUUGCAUA